UCCUCGAGGGGGCCUCAGCCCUUUGUCUCCCCAGUGACACCCCUGGACGUGGUCAAGGUCCGCCUGCAGGCCCAGCGUCCCUCGGGGACUGGCGAGUUGCCCCAUCCCUCUCGGCUCUGGAGCGUCUCCUACACCAAAUGGAAGUGCCUGCUGUACUGCAAUGGCGUCCUCGAGCCCCUCUACCUGUGCCCCAAUGGCACCCGCUGCGGCCCCUGGCUCCAGGACCCCACUCGCUUCACAGGCACUGUGGACGCCUUUGUGAAGAUCGUGAGGCACGAGGGCCCCCGAACCCUGUGGAGCGGCCUCCCAGCCACUCUGGUGAUGACCGUGCCGGCCACUGCCAUCUACUUCACGGCCUACGACCAGCUGAAGGCCUUCCUGCAUCAGCAAGCCCUGGCCUCCGACCUGUGUGCGCCCAUGCUGGCCGGCGCGCUGGCCCGCUUGGGAACCGUGACUGUGGUCAGCCCCCUGGAGCUGCUGCGCACCAAGCUACAAGCCCAGCAUGUGUCCUACCGCGAGCUUGGCGCCUGUGUCCGCACCGCAGUGGCACAGGGUGGCUGGCGCUCAUUGUGGCUGGGCUGGGGCCCCACUGCGCUCCGUGACGUGCCCUUCUCAGCGCUGUACUGGUUCAACUAUGAGCUGCUGAAGAGUUGGCUGUGUGGCCCCCACACCCGGGACCAGACGUCUGUGGGCAUCAGCUUUGUGGCCGGCGGCAUCUCAGGGACCGUGGCUGCCGCCCUCACCCUGCCCUUUGACGUAGUGAAGACACAACGGCAGGUGGCGCUGGGAGCUGUGGAGGCUGUGAGAGUACUGCCACCCAGGGCUGACUCUGUCUGGCUGCUGCUUCGGAGGAUCCGGGCCGAGUCGGGCACCAGGGGCCUCUUUGCAGGCUUCCUCCCCAGGGUCAUCAAGGCUGCGCCUUCCUGUGCCAUCAUGAUCAGCACCUACGAGUUCGGCACAAGCUUCUUUCAGAGGCUUGACCGGGAGCCACUGCCGAGCCGCUGAGGGGCCGAGUGUUGGGCCAGUGCCUUCCCCGCCCACGCAGGGCUCCCCGCUUCCCAGGCCUUCCCGGGCCGGCCGUGCACCAUCAAGCUCCAGACCCAACCUUCCCGCCCCUCCCACACCCCUGUAUGUCUGCUGCCCCGGCCCCAGGAGCCCACAGCCCCCCAUCCCUGCGUUUGCCUGUGCAUUCCCUGUCCAAAGAUGAUGGUCAACUUCC